AUGACGAUGGACAAUGGUUUGUGCAAUGCCGGGUGUAUUGCAUCUUACUCACUGUUGUCUCUGCAAUGUCACAGUGGUGCCAGCAGUUUCAAUUCACAGGUCGUAGAAACAGUCCAGAGACACCGGAACAGAAACUGCUGCAAGGUUUGCAGAUUUUGUUGUACUUUGCAGGCCUCUAGCUCCGGAGCCUCAAACAAAAAAGGCAAGGGUAAGGGCUCCGGCAAAAGUAGUGGUAAAAGCCUACCUUCCAAACAGAGAGAUGCGAACCAUGAUGGCAGCUAUGGGCUGAUUCAAGCCUUGCAAAAGCUAACUGCCCGAGCCGCAAAGAAACCACAAGGGUUGCUCCAAAGGUUGAAAACAUUGGUUCAAGUUACUGAACGUGGUAUGUUGCGACCAAACAAGAGAAAGAAAGAUCUGCCGCCGCAUGAGGCGGUCCCGCCAGUGAAACCAAGCACACGAUUCAAAAGUUCAGAAAAUUUGGUAGAUGGUGCUCCUAAGCCAAAAACACGAUGGCAACGCGACAGAUCCUGGAAAGCCCGUGCCCAGGACUGGGGCGUCAAAACUGUUUUGCGUGGCCCCACAGCUCUGUGCAACGCUCUUGACAGUGGGGACACCGGUGCUCUCCUGUGUCAAGUACAAAAUCUGGAUGAUUGGAAUGAAGCCCUCCAAAUUUCUCAUGCUGCUGGUCGCACCAAUGUCACGGUUGUUCUUGAAGCUGCACCUAACAUGUCUCCAGAACUUGGCAAAUUGAGAUAUCAUGGUUGGACAGCCUUGAACACACGUGCAGCUGGUUAUGCCGAUGAUAAAUUGGUCCAGCGCUUGGUUUGGAUUGCGCGGUGCUCGCCAAAUGCACCCACAUUGGUUCCAGGAUCCGUGCUGACAGGCGCCAGGCGGCCUGUUGUCCAGAAACACGGCCAUGAAGCUGAAAACCUGGUUCGAGGAUUUGCUCGCGUCAAAGGCAAAGACAGGGCCCUGCAGUUGAUUAAAGCGAGCGGCUCAGAACACAAAGGAAAUGUCCAGCCGUUGAAAGCAGAAAAUGAUGAUGAUCGCGGUAACGAAGCUAUGGAUGUCAGUCUGAUUAGCGUCCCAGAUGCAAGUGAUGUUGAGGAUGAGCCCAUGCAUGUCCAGGGCACCAAACGCAAAGACCAGGCCAUGUUGACCAGCCCGCAAAAAACUGGUCAUGACAAAAAGAGGAUGAAAGUGCCCGAGAGGCUUCAAAAAGUUCCGAACCCUGGGGAAGGGAAUUGCUUGUUUUACUGUCUAGCUCAGGCGGAGUCUACCCCAGGUAAGUCCCGCAGCCACAGGCAGGUGCGUGCAUUUGUUGUUGCCUACAUGACCAAACACUUCAAGAAAUACGAGGAUUUCUGGGACGGUUUAAGCCCGAGCAACAUUCCCAUGGAGGGUGGGUUUGACGAUUAUUUACAAGCCCUUGAAAAAGAUAAAGCUUGGGCGGGAUAUUGUGAAAUCGAAGCAUAUGGCGAAGCCAUGCGCCGACCUGUACUUGUUGUGCAUGCCAAGGACAAUGUUGUCCAUGCUUUUAAUAGUCAUGGCGAUAAGGAUGUUGUCUGUCUCUGGUACAAGGAUGAACAUUAUGAGCUUAUUGUUCCUUCAGACGCAGAUAUUCAGGCCCUGUGGCAGAAUGCUGAAGACGGUGGCACCAAGGGUUACCGCGGGGCCGCAAAGAAGGCACGCUUGGCUGCCGACAAUGCCCCAAAAGGGGCCACCAGAGGCGACUCCAUUCUUCGCCUUUGCAAGAGAGCAAGCGUGUCAUCUGAUGUACCUCACAGAAGCAUUUUGCCUUGGAAGCUGAAGCAUCGCCAGAUGUAUGUGCAACUCAACAAGUUUGCCAAGGAGCAAGGUCCUUGUGGCGGGCGGACUGCUCGUGCCGAGUGGUUAGCCAUGCCUGGUCGCCAAAAAUGCUGGCGUCAGGCUCCCAAAGAGCGCCAAGAGGCGCUGCACAAGGCUUGGCGUUUGAGUGCUACUGAGCGUAGGCAGAUACCUGCACUUUGGGUAGGUGAUUGGAACGAAACUCCUGAUGACAACGCCGCAUCCAUUUUCUUGAAUGGCAGUGUUCUGGCUGUCACGGAUCCUGAUCAAUGGGAUCCCGACCAAGAUUGGGCAUAUUUUCACCAGUUUGCUGAAAAGAGCAUGCGUGAAGCAUUGCACUUGUGUGGCCAGCCCGUGCCUAGGCCGCUCUCAGAGCCUCGGGGUCUGCAGCCGGAUGUGACGGUUGGUUUGGCCAUUGAAAACAUGCAACUGCAAGGGUUGCCAGAUGAGUGGGCUAACAUUUUGAUGUUUGUAUGGGGUCAUCAAGUGCGAUGGCUGUGCUUGGGGAAAGCUGUGCACCCAACGCCGGAGCAUGUCCAGACCUCCAUGCCGCAAGGUGAUGCCUUUGCACCUCUGGCUCUUAUCAUGUUGCUCAUUAGGAUGCCACGACCUGGAGGCUGGCAGAGUUUCAUUUGCGCACGCAUGCGAGAGCUGAACUGGGAAUUUCGCGGUCCAUGGAUGUUUGCACAUGAGGAUUUGGGUCAUGUCGAUUUAUCCAAUCCAGAUGAAGCUGUUGUGAAACUCACCGAGCACAAGGUGAGAGAAAGUUGGCGCCGAGUGCAAUUUGCCCUUUGGAAAAAGCAGUCCCUGAAGAUGAAUUGCAAAAUCGUCUUGCUUGGCCCACACGUGGGUGUGAUGCAUAUGAUAGAGCGGUUCUUCACCACAUGGCCCGGGUCAGGGCCACUGUGCGUGAAAACAUGA